AUGCAAGCUCUUAUUGUGGAGGAUCUACGGAACAUCUGCAUGGGUUGGUGCAAGGAAGAGGGGCCUUCAAACUUCAACAACCAAGGGAGGUGGAACAACCCCUCUCAAGGAUCAUGGAAACACCCUCCACCACAAAAUCACAACAACUACACUCCAACUUCCGACCACCCGGUUUCAACCAACCACAACAAAGACCACCCUUUGAGCCUAACCAACCAAAGCCUUCAUCACUUGAGUCUACACUUCAACUUUUCCUUGCCCAACAAACCAAGACCAAUCGAUAAUGAUAAGAAUUUGGGAUAUUCACUCUUCCUUCAACAAAUGCAAGCUCACAACAAAAUGAUUGAGACCCAACUUGCUCAAAUUGCCCAACAAGUAAGCAACACUUCUUCUUCUACUCAAUUCCCAAGCCAACCCGUGAUUCACGAGCAUGCCAAGGCCAUUACUUUGAGAUCCGGAGCAAAUCAUGAGGGGUUUAAGAUGCCUAGUGAGGUGAAUAAAAGCCCGGAAAUUGAGAAAAGGGGAAGCGAAGGGGAGGUUGAGAAGCUUCUUGAAGAGGUAAUAGUGGAGGAUGAAAGUGAUGUUGUACCGAGCCAAGAGAAAGAAUUUUAUGAGCAAUGCAACGAGGCUAGUCAAGCGGCACCCAAGGCUUAUGUGCCUCCGAUUCCUUUUCCUCAAAGGCUAGCUAAGAAACAACUCAAUGAUAAAUUCAUGAAGUUCUUGGAAGUCAUGAAAGGACUUGAAGUGCAUAUCCCUUUCCUCCAAGCCAUGUCUCAAAUGCCCACUUAUGCCAAGUUUCUUAAGGAGCUCCUCUCCAACAAGACCAAGCUCGAGGAAAGUGCUACUAUUGCUUUGACCGCCGAAGGUAGUGUCGUACUUCAAAACAAACUCCCCAAGAAGCUUGAAGAUCCGGGGUCAUUUUCUGUUGUUUCACUAUUUUGA